GUUAUCACAGUCUCAUGGAGACAAUCAUGUUAUGGUGACAGUCACCCGGAGUCCUCAACAUCCUCUCACUUUAUCCAUUCUCGAGAUAAUAAUUAGCUAAUUGUUUGUCAAAGAGUUAGCAUCGGACAGCUCUCGAUCAUGCCUUUUACGUUACACCCGCGUCUUAAGUGUCAGUUGGUUAACGUCUAACUUGCUUAGCCGUUAGCUAAUGUCUUGUGCGGUCACUAGCUAGCUUCCAACGUCUGUAAGCAUCCUCCCUAGCUACGACAAUGGGCAUUCUUCCCACCGCUAGUCUGAUGGAAGGGUGAGGGGAACGAUGCUGAGAUUCCUCCAUAUCCUUUUAACAGGCCUGUUCGGUGUACUGUCGGAUGGAGUUACAGCUUUUGGUGGGGUCAGACUAGUUGAUGGGGAGAACAAGUGUUCGGGCAGAGUUGAGGUUCUCCGCCACGACCAGUGGGGGACUGUUUGUGACCAUGGCUGGGGCCCCCGGGAGGCUAAUGUGGUGUGCCUGGAGCUGGGCUGUGGCUUAGCUGAUUUUACCCCUCAUAGUGCAGUAUAUCGUGCAGGCAGUGGACAUAUCUGGCUGCGGCAUGUCCAGUGCACCGGACAUGAGUCCAGUUUGACACGCUGUGCUGUUUUCCUCCACAGUAAUGCCUACUGCACCCAUGAAAAUGAUGCAAUGGUGAAAUGCUCAGGUACCCUGUUAACGCCAACCCUCACCCUGCUGUCACCUUACACUGUGUUCUCUCCUGGUGAGGCUGUUCGCUUCAGCUGCAGUAUUCUGCAGGGUCACCUCAGUGACUUUCACCUGUACAAGCAUGGAGUGUCGACACCACUGGUUACACAGAGGGCGGACCACACCCAGAAAAAAGCGGAGCUGACACUGUCUGACAUAGAGACUUUCCACCAGGGCAGCUACAGUUGUCAGUACAGGAUCAAGACCGGCUUUCCUCCUCAGCUGCUCAGCUCACCACCCAGCAACUCCAUCAACAUCACUGUCGUGGAACUCCUGACUCCACAACACUGGUACAACACGUCCACUGAGGCCCCGGCUGGUUCCGUCAUUAAAGGCCACAAUUUUAACAUCACCUGCUCCACCCCGCAGCAGUACCCUGGGGGUUCCUUCCAGCUGCGUCUGAUCCGCUCCAAUGGCACAGUGCGCCAGUCCCUGCCUGCCCUCACACCGUCCGUCACUUUCACUUUUCCCAACGCACAGAGCUCAAACGAGGGCUACUAUUAUUGCCUGUAUCGGGUCCAGCUGGGUGGUCGCACCUUUGUCUCCAGAGAAAGCCAACCCCUGCCAAUAGCUAUCAGAGACCCAGAUCCAGUACUGAGUCCAAUGGGGAUCAGCUGGCUUGUGUCAGGCCUGACAUUUGUUGUAGCUGUCAUCGUUUUAAUCAUCGUGGCCAAGGUGCUGUGUAACAAGGAGAAGAAGCCCACCGAACUGGAACGAGAGACCAGAACCUGUGUGGACAACACUUAUGUUGCCUUAUCAAUUAACAAGCUAUGAUGGAGUAUUCAGGCAACAGAUCACUAAAGCAGAAUCACGAGUGAGUGGACAGUCAGAGGGCUCACACAGCAUCCAUCGUGGGAACCAGGAGACAACAGAACCAAACGGCUCAGCCCGUCAUCCACCACACCUUCGGAAAAGUUCAGUAGAGUUUGGAUGAGGCAGUUUUUUACUGGACUCUAACAUAGACCUACAUCAUACCAAACUUCCGGCUAGUGUGACUAUUGGGAAACCAUGGCUUUUAAGCCUUUUAUUAUGGUGAGAUAUGAACAAUUGGCCACAGAAGACUGACAGUAUGAACUAUAUCCAGUUCAAAGUCUGUAUUGGUCCCAGCUAGACUUCAGAUUCACUAGGACUUGGCUACUGCCACGGCGCCAAAUGUUUGGAGUGGAAAACGGCAACUAAACGCUAAACUGGGGAAACUGUGAUGUGGGUCCCUCAGGUCGGUGUAUGUUUAUAAAACAUUGUUUUGUAUUUAUUACCAGGUAACACUAAUGCUAGGCUCUUCUAGCUUAUGUACUCUCUUCUACGGAGCAAUGAUCCUUAAGGAUUAGAAUGUUUUUGUAUUUUAAAUCUAACCCUACUAUGCAUCUUAUGUAAUUUACAAUAUGUACAUUACCGCACUAAAAACUGGUAAAUAGAAACUGUAGUUGAUUAAAAUGUGGCUGUUGUUGGUGCUUCUGGGUUCAGUGUGUUUUUGUUUGACAAUCUUGAAAUAUUUCUGCAUGUGCUGUAGUUUGAUUUACAGCGUUAGAUUAAACUACAUACGAGGAAAACGCUUUUAACAGAAUGCAUAUAUAUUUAUUUUAAUAACCUCAAACGUUUCAAAUGUAUUGUUGCUCUUGAGAUAAUUAUGUGGCACUUAAAAUGUUUACAUAUACAAGCUCUUAAUAUUUUUGAGUUGUAACAGCAAUACAAAACACAUCACAUUAAACUUUACAGGAUGUAAAGGUUGGAUUAAGUAGUACAAAUUGAUAUCUCUAUCAAAAAAAGCACAAACGUAGCAAUACAGCUUGUAGAAACGGUUCAAUUUCAUUUUUUUACAUUAACUAAAACAUUUUCUCAACUGCUUAACACUGAAUACAUCAAGAAUUACAGCCCAAUAAUUUUACAAAACUGCUGAGGCACUUGCAUUACAGCUGGUCGGAAAACUGUCCCAACUGUACUGUAUUAUGGAUAUUUCUGAUAAAAGGAAGUUGUAAUAUUAUUGUACCCCAAGAUAAUGUAAACAUUGGUUGUAAGAUUGUUUUGGUCAAUCUUCAUAUUAAUAUACACAGAAUCAUAGACUCAUCCUUAACAGGUACUGUAACACUGA